GAAUAUACUCAACCCUGCUCUGGGGCACACCUCCAUUGGAUUUAAAAGACAGUCCUCAUCAGCACUGACUUUCAGCUAUGGAAUCGCAGACGGUUGAUGAUGAAGGGCCGGCCGUGUAAAUGAAGAUCGGGUGAGGAGCAGGACGAUGCCCAAGGGCGGGUGCCCUAAAGCACCACAGCAGGAAGAGCUUCCCCUCAGCAGCGACAUGGUGGAGAAGCAGACUGGGAAAAAGGAUAAAGAUAAAGUUUCUCUAACCAAGACCCCAAAACUGGAGCGUGGCGAUGGCGGGAAGGAGGUGAGGGAGCGAGCCAGCAAGCGGAAGCUGCCCUUCACUGCGGGCGCCAAUGGGGAGCAGAAGGACUCGGACACAGAGAAGCAGGGCCCUGAGCGGAAGAGGAUUAAGAAGGAGCCUGUCACCCGGAAGGCCGGGCUGCUCUUUGGCAUGGGGCUGUCUGGAAUCCGAGCUGGCUACCCCCUCUCCGAGCGCCAGCAGGUGGCCCUUCUCAUGCAGAUGACAGCUGAGGAGUCUGCCAACAGCCCAGUGGACACAACACCAAAGCACCCCUCCCAGUCUACAGUGUGUCAGAAAGGAACGCCCAACUCUGCCUCAAAAACCAAAGAUAAAGUGAACAAGAGAAACGAGCGUGGAGAGACCCGCCUGCACCGAGCGGCCAUCCGCGGGGACGCCCGGCGCAUCAAAGAGCUCAUCAGCGAGGGGGCGGACGUCAACGUCAAGGACUUCGCAGGCUGGACGGCGCUGCACGAGGCCUGUAACCGGGGCUACUAUGACGUUGCGAAGCAGCUGCUGGCCGCAGGUGCGGAGGUGAACACCAAGGGCCUGGAUGACGACACGCCUUUGCACGACGCUGCCAACAACGGGCACUACAAGGUGGUGAAACUGCUGCUGCGGUACGGCGGGAACCCGCAGCAGAGCAACAGGAAAGGCGAGACGCCGCUGAAAGUGGCCAACUCCCCCACGAUGGUGAACCUCCUGUUAGGCAAAGGCACUUACACUUCCAGCGAGGAGAGCUCGACGGAGAGCUCAGAAGAGGAAGACGCCCCGUCCUUCGCACCUUCCAGUUCAGUCGACGGCAACAACACGGACUCCGAGUUCGAAAAAGGCCUCAAGCACAAGGCCAAGAACCCGGAGCCGCAGAAGGCCACAGCCCCCGUCAAGGAUGAGUAUGAGUUUGACGAGGACGAUGAGCAGGACAGGGUUCCUCCGGUGGACGACAAGCACCUGUUGAAAAAGGACUACAGAAAAGAAACGAAAUCCAAUAGUUUUAUCUCUAUACCCAAAAUGGAGGUUAAAAGUUACACUAAAAAUAACACGAUUGCACCAAAGAAAGCGUCCCAUCGUAUCCUGUCAGACACGUCGGACGAGGAGGACGCGAGUGUCACCGUGGGGACAGGCGAGAAGCUGAGACUCUCGGCACAUACGAUAUUGCCUGGUAGUAAGACACGAGAGCCUUCUAAUGCCAAGCAGCAGAAGGAAAAAAAUAAAGUUAAAAAGAAGCGAAAGAAAGAAACAAAAGGCAGAGAGGUUCGCUUUGGAAAGCGGAAUGACAAGUUCUGUUCCUCGGAGUCGGAGAGUGAGUCCUCAGAGAGUGGGGAGGACGACAGGGACUCCCUGGGGAGCUCCAGCUGCCUCAAGGGGUCCCCGCUGGUGCUGAAGGACCCCUCCCUGUUCAGCUCCCUGUCCGCCUCCUCCACCUCGUCCCACGGGAGCUCUGCCGCCCAGAAGCAGAACCCCAACCACACAGACCAGCACACCAAGCACUGGCGGACAGACAACUGGAAAACCAUUUCUUCCCCAGCUUGGUCGGAGGUCAGUUCUUUAUCAGACUCCACAAGGACGAGACUGACAAGCGAGUCUGACUGCUCCUCUGAGGGCUCCAGUGUGGAAUCGCUGAAGCCAGUGAGGAAGAGGCAGGAGCACAGGAAGCGAGCCUCGCUGUCAGAGAAGAAGAGCCCCUUCCUCUCCAGCGCGGAGGGCGCCGUCCCCAAACUGGACAAGGAGGGGAAGGUUGUCAAAAAACAUAAAACAAAACACAAACACAAAAACAAGGAGAAGGGACAGUGCCCCAUCAGCCAGGAGCUGAAGCUGAAAAGUUUCACGUACGAGUACGAGGACUCCAAGCAGAAGUCGGAUAAGGCUAUACUUCUAGAGAAUGAUCUUUCCACUGAAAACAAGCUGAAAGUGUUAAAGCAUGAUCGUGACCACUUUAAAAAAGAAGAGAAACUCAGCAAAAUGAAAUUAGAAGAAAAAGAAUGGCUCUUUAAAGAUGAAAAAUCACUGAAGAGAAUCAAAGACAUGAACAAAGACAUCAGCAGGUCUUUCCGAGAAGAGAAAGACCGUUCGAGUAAAGCAGAAAAGGAGAAAUCGCUAAAGGAAAAGUCUCCGAAAGAAGAAAAACUGAGACUGUACAAAGAGGAGAGAAAGAAGAAGUCAAAAGACCGGCCCUCAAAAUUAGAGAAGAAGAAUGAUUUAAAAGAGGACAAAAUUUCCAAAGAGAAGGAGAAGACUUUCAAAGAAGAUAAAGAAAAACUCAAAAAAGAAAAGGUUUAUAGGGAAGAUUCUGCUUUUGACGAAUAUUGUAACAAAAAUCAGUUUCUGGAGAACGAAGACACCAAAUUUAGCCUUUCUGACGAUCAGCGAGAUCGGUGGUUUUCUGACUUGUCCGAUUCAUCCUUUGAUUUCAAAGGGGAGGACAGCUGGGACUCGCCAGUGACAGACUACAGGGACAUGAAGAGCGACUCUGUGGCCAAGCUCAUCUUGGAGACGGUGAAGGAGGACAGCAAGGAAAGGAAGCGGGACACCCGGGCCCGGGAGAAGCGAGACUACAGGGAGCCCUUCUUCCGAAAGAAGGACAGGGACUAUUUGGAUAAAAACUCUGAGAAGAGGAAAGACCAGACUGAAAAGCAUAAAAGUGUCCCCAGCUACCUUUCGGAAAAGGACAAGAAGAGGAGAGAGUCCGCAGAGGCAGGGCGGGACAGAAAGGACGCGCUGGAGAGCUGCAAGGAGCGCAGGGAUGGCAGGGCCAAGCCGGAGGAGGCAUACCGGGAGGAGCUGAAGGAGUGUGGCUGUGAGAGUGGCUUCAAGGACAAGCCCGACUGUGACUUUGGGAAGGGCCUGGAGCCAUGGGAACGGCACCACCCAGCACGAGAGAAGGAGAAGAAGGAUGGCCCCGAUAAGGAAAGGAAGGAGAAAACAAAACCAGAAAAAUACAAAGAGAAGUCCAGUGACAAGGACAAAAGUGAGAAAUCGAUCCUUGAUAAGUGUCAGAAGGACAAAGAAUUUGAUAAAUGUUUUAAAGAGAAAAAAGAUACCAAGGAAAAACAUAAAGACACACAUGGCAAAGACAAAGAAAGGAAAGCGUCUCUCGACCAAGGGAAAGAGAAGAAGGAGAAGGCUUUCCCUGGGAUCAUCUCGGAAGACUUCUCUGAAAAAAAAGAUGACAAGAAAGGCAAAGAGAAAAGCUGGUACAUCGCAGACAUCUUCACAGACGAGAGUGAAGACGACAGGGACAGCUACAUAGGGAGCGGGUGCAAGACGGGAGAGGCCAGCGACUCACUGAGGAUGGACGGCCUCCAGGAGAAGGAGGAGGGGCGGGAGGCCUGUGCCUCCGACAGACACAGGAAGGCUUCUGACAAGCAGCACCCCGAGAGGCAGAAGGACAAGGAACCCAAAGACAAGAGAAAGGACAGAGGAGCUGCCGACGGGGGGAGAGACAAAAAAGAGAAAGUCUUCGACAAGCACAAGGAGAAGAAGGAUAAAGAGUCCACAGAAAAGUACAAGGACAGGAAGGACAGAGCCUCAGUGGACUCCACACAAGACAAGAAAAGUAAACAGAAGCUCCCUGAGAAGGCUGAAAAGAAGCACGCUGCCGAAGACAAGGCCAGAAGCAAACACAAAGAGAAGUCAGAUAAAGAACAUUCCAAGGAGAGGAAGUCCUCGAGAAGUGCCGACACGGAAAAAAGCCUGCUUGAAAAGUUGGAAGAAGAGGCUCUCCAUGAGUACAGGGAAGACUCCAAUGAUAAAAUCAGUGAGGUCUCCUCUGACAGCUUCACGGACCGAGGGCAGGAGCCGGGGCUGACUGCCUUCCUGGAGGUCUCCUUCACAGAGCCACCCGGAGAGGACAAGCCGAGGGAGAGCGCCUGCCUCCCUGAGAAGCUGAAAGAGAAGGAGAGGCACAGGCACUCCUCAUCCUCGUCCAAGAAAAGCCACGACCGAGAGAGAGCCAAGAAAGAGAAGGCCGAGAAGAAAGAGAAGGGCGAAGAUUACAAGGAGAGCGGUAGCAGGAAGGACUCCAGCCAGUACGAAAAGGACUUGGAGGCGGAGGCUUACGGAGUUUCCUACAACAUGAAAGCUGACAUAGAAGAUGAGCUAGAUAAAACCAUUGAACUGUUUUCUACCGAAAAAAAAGAUAAAAAUGAUUCCGAGAGAGAGCCUUCCAAGAAAAUAGAAAAGGAACUAAAGCCUUACGGAUCUAGUGCCAUCAACAUCCUAAAAGAGAAGAAGAAGAGAGAGAAACACAGGGAGAAAUGGAGAGACGAGAAGGAGAGGCACCGAGACAGGCAUGUGGACGGCCUCCUGCGGCACCACAGGGAUGAGCAGAAGCCCGCCACCAGGGACAAGGACAGCCCGCCCCGCGCACUCAAAGAGAAGUCCAGGGACGAGGGCCCGAGGCUCGGCGACGCCAAACUGAAGGAGAAAUUCAGGGACAGUGCAGAGAAGGAAAAGGGCGAGCCAGUGAAGAUGAGCAACGGGAACGAUAAGGUAACGCCAUCCAGAGACCCAGGCAAGAAAGACGCCAGGCCCAGGGAGAAGCUCCUGGGGGACGGCGACCUGAUGAUGACCAGCUUUGAGAGGAUGCUCUCCCAGAAGGACCUGGAGAUCGAGGAGCGCCACAAGCGGCACAAGGAGAGGAUGAAGCAGAUGGAGAAGCUUAGGCACCGGUCCGGAGACCCCAAGCUCAAGGAGAAGGCGAAGCUGGCAGACGACGGGCGGAAGAAGGGUCUAGACAUUCCUGCCAAGAAACCGCCCGGCCUGGACCCUCCGUUUAAAGACAAAAAGCUCAAAGAGUCGACUCCUAUUCCACCUGCUGCCGAAAAUAAGCUACACCCAGGAUCAGGUGCAGACUCCAAAGACUGGCUCGCAGGCCCUCACAUAAAGGAGGUCCUGCCUGCGUCUCCCAGGCCUGACCAGAGCCGGCCGACUGGCGUGCCCACCCCUACGUCGGUGCUGUCCUGCCCCAGCUACGAGGAGGUGAUGCACACGCCCAGGACCCCGUCCUGCAGUGCCGAUGACUACGCGGACCUCGUGUUUGACUGCACCGACUCCCAGCACUCCACACCCCUGCCCACCGCUCCCACCAGCGCCUGCUCCCCGUCCUUUUUCGACAGGUUCUCCGUGGCUUCCACUGGGCUUUCGGAAAACGCCAGCCAGGCUCCUGCAAGGCCUCUCUCCACAAACCUUUACCGCUCGGUCUCUGUCGACAUUAGGAGGACCCCUGAGGAGGAAUUCAGCGUCGGAGACAAGCUUUUCAGGCAGCAGAGCGUUCCUGCUGCCUCCAGCUACGACUCUCCCGUGCCACACUCGAUGGAAGACAGGGCGCCCCUGCCCCCAGUUCCCGCGGAGAAGUUUGCCUGCUUGUCCCCAGGGUACUACUCCCCAGACUAUGGCCUCCCCUCGCCCAAAGUCGAUGCUCUGCACUGCCCGCCGGCCGCCGUUGUCACCGUCACCCCCUCUCCAGAGGGCGUCUUCUCAAGUUUACAAGCAAAGCCUUCCCCUUCCCCCAGAGCUGAGCUGCUGGUUCCUUCCCUGGAAGGGGCCCUUCCCCCGGACCUGGACGCCACCGAGGACCAGCAGGCCACAGCUGCCAUCAUCCCUCCGGAGCCCAGCUACCUGGAGACGCUGGACGAGGGUCCGUUCAGCGCCGUCAUCACCGAGGAGCCUGUCGAGUGGGCUCACCCCACUGAGCAGGCCCUUGCCUCUAGCCUGAUCGGGAGCGCCUCCGAAAACCCUGUCAGCUGGCCUGUGGGCUCAGACCUGCUGCUGAAGUCUCCACAGAGCUUCCCCGAGUCCCCAAAACAUUUCUGCCCCGCGGACGCCCUCCACUCUGCCGCCCCAGGACCCUUCAGCACCUCAGAGGCGCCGUACCCUGCCCCUCCCGCCUCUCCUGCCCCAUAUACUCUGCCCGUCGCUGAGCCAGGACUGGAGGACGUCAAAGACGGGGUGGAAGCCGUCCCCGCCACCAUCGCCACCUCCGAGGCGGCUCCUUACGCCCCUCCCUCCGGGCUGGAGUCCUUCUUCAGCAACUGCAAGUCACUUCCGGAAGCUCCGCUGGACGUGGCCCCUGAGCCCGCCUGUGUAGCCACCGUGACUCAGGUGGAGGCUCUGGGGCCCCUGGAAAAUAGCUUCCUGGACAGCGGCCACAGCCUGUCUAACCUCGGCCAGGUGGAGCCGGUGCCCUGGGCAGACGCCUUCGCCGGCCCCGAGGACGAGCUGGACCUGGGGCCCUUCUCCCUGCCGGAGCUUCCCUUGCAGACUAAAGAUGUCCCAGAUGUUGAAACAGAACCCGUAGAAGAAAGUCUUGCUCCUUCAGGAAAGAUCCCUCCGGGGGCCCCCGUGGUCAUAAACGGUGGGGAUGUUUCUGCCUUAGUGGCUGAGGAGCCACCGGCGCUGCCUCCCGACCAGGCCUCCACCCAGCUCCCUGCAGAGCUCGAGCCUGAGCCCUCAGAGGAGCCAAAGCUGGACGUGGCUCUGGAAGCUACAGUGGAGGCAGAGGCGGUGCCAGAAGAGAGGGCCCCUGGGGAUCUGGACUCUGGCGCGGAGCCGACGCCCGUCCCCCCGGAACAGCGCCCACUGGGGAGCGGAGACCAGGGGGCUGAGGCCGAUGGCUCCCCCACCGCGUCCCUCUGUGCCCCUGACGGCCCCCCCAUGGACACUGUGGCACAAGCCCAGGCUGUGGACAGCGCCGGCCCCCAGGACAACACUGAGGCCUCCCGUGCUGCCACCCCAGCCGAAGGCCCUCCCGGCGGCAUCCAGCCAGAAGCCACAGAACCAGAACCCAAACCCACAGCCGAAGCCCCGAAGGCCCCCAGAGUGGAGGAGAUCCCUCAGCGCAUGACCAGGAACCGGGCGCAGAUGCUCGCCAACCAGAGCAAGCAGGGCACGCCCCCCUCCGAGAAGGAGUGCACCUCCACCCCUGCCCCAGCCACCAGGGCCAAGGCCCGUGGCUCCGAGGAGGACGACGCCCAGGCCCAGCAUCCGCGCAAACGCCGCUUUCAGCGCUCCACCCAGCAGCUGCAGCAGCAGCUGAACACGUCCACGCAGCAGACGCGGGAGGUGAUCCAGCAGACGCUGGCCGCCAUUGUGGACGCCAUCAAGCUGGAUGCCAUCGAGCCCUACCACAGCGACAGGGCCAACCCCUACUUCGAAUACCUGCAGAUCAGGAAGAAGAUCGAGGAGAAACGCAAGAUCCUGUGCUGCAUCACGCCGCAGGCGCCCCAGUGCUACGCAGAGUACGUCACCUACACGGGCUCCUACCUCCUGGACGGCAAGCCGCUCAGCAAGCUCCACAUCCCCGUGAUCGCACCCCCUCCCUCCCUGGCGGAGCCCCUGAAGGAGCUGUUCAGGCAGCAGGAGGCAGUCCGGGGAAAGCUGCGUCUGCAGCACAGCAUCGAGCGGGAGAAGCUGAUCGUGUCCUGUGAGCAGGAGAUUCUGCGGGUUCACUGCCGGGCGGCCAGGACCAUCGCCAACCAGGCAGUGCCAUUCAGUGCCUGCACAAUGCUGCUGGACUCCGAGGUCUACAACAUGCCCCUGGAGAGCCAGGGUGACGAGAACAAGUCAGUGCGUGACCGUUUCAACGCCCGCCAGUUCAUCUCCUGGCUCCAGGACGUGGACGACAAGUACGACCGCAUGAAGACAUGCCUCCUCAUGCGGCAGCAGCACGAGGCCGCGGCCCUGAACGCUGUGCAGAGGAUGGAGUGGCAGCUGAAGGUGCAGGAGCUGGACCCCGCCGGGCACAAGUCCCUGUGCGUGAACGAGGUGCCCUCCUUCUACGUGCCCAUGGUCGACGUCAACGACGACUUUGUGUUGUUGCCGGCGUGACACCGCGGGAUGGCCACAGGACGCAGGCGAGGGCCGCACGGCUGCCCAGGGCUGCUGCUAAGCCCCAGGGGCAGAGGAGGGAGCGCCAUGUCCACCCGGGCGGGGAGAGACCCCGAGAGAGACUGCACUUGGCCACAGCGUCUCCAUCCCUUCCAGACUGGUCCAGACGUCGGGGAGGUGAAACACGGCUCUUCUCUACCAGCUGCCGCGGUGGGGGCAAAGCCCCCAGAGCCUCACUGGCCCCGGCGGGACGAGGAGAUCAUGCCGGGCGCACACACGGCAGCUUCUGUCUGAAAACGGUGACCUUCGGGCCCUUUUCUCCAGCAACUGCAGAGGCAUUUCAGGAGUUGGAGAGCGGAGUGCAUUUUUUAAAUUUUUUGUUCCAUUCUGAUCAACUAAAGAAAAUUAAGGUGUCCACCUCUCACAAACAGUGACCUCCAGGUCAGAGGGGCAGGAGCCCCAUCCCAGCCAUGGUCCUGUUGCCACAGAGCUGCGACGGCCUCAGACUGGGCAUAAGACCUGGUGCGGAGCCAGGCGGAGGGACACAGAGCCAGGACUCCCAGGCGUAUUUUUAAUGGAGUCAAAUCCACGUGGUUUGUAUCUUCUUUCCUUUAAUCUUGGGCAUUUUGUUUCUCUUUCUGAGAACAUAACUUGAAACACUACAGAGCCAAUAAUCAUAUAAAAAGUGUAUCCGUAAACGCUGUACAGUUUUAUAUACAUUCACAAUGUACUUUUGCUGCCUUCUAGAUAAUUUAUUUUGCAACACAUUACUGCACAGUUGUAAAUAACUUAUGUACUGUAACAUCACUUUCAGUUAUGUGUAAAGAAAUAAAUAAAUUAAUUAAAAUGCUGUUUGUA